CCCGCAGCUGCCCCCCAAUGGCCUUCCAGGGCCCCAGCCCCGCGCUCCAGCCCCCCCUGGCAGCGGGGCUGGGGGCGCCCCAGAAACGUUACUGCCCCGCUGGGGUGCAGGGGGGGUCACCCCAGAUCUCACCGGCGCCCGCCCCAAUGACAGUGCAGCCCGAACCGGAUCGACCCAUUGGCUACGGCGCCUUCGGGGUUGUGUGGUCGGUGACGGACCCCCGGGACGGGAAGCGGGUCGCGCUGAAGAAGAUGCCGAACGUUUUCCAGAAUCUCGUCUCCUGCAAACGGGUCUUUCGGGAGCUCAGGAUGCUCUGUUACUUCAAACAUGAGAACGUGCUGUCCGCGCUGGAUAUCCUGCAGCCCCCCCAGAUCGACUGCUUCGAGGAGAUCUACAUGCUGACGGAGCUGAUGCAGAGCGACCUGCACAAGGUGAUCGUGUCCCCCCAGCCGCUGAGCGCCGAGCACGUCAAGGUCUUUCUCUACCAGAUCCUGCGCGGGCUAAAAUACUUGCACUCGGCUGGCGUGCUCCAUCGGGACCUCAAGCCGGGGAACCUGCUGGUGAACAGCAACUGCGUCCUCAAGAUCUGUGACUUCGGGCUGGCGCGGCUGGAGGAGCCGGACGAGGGGCAGCCCAUGACGCAGGAGGUGGUGACCCAGUACUACCGGGCCCCCGAGAUUCUCAUGGGGACCCCCCACUACGGCCCCCCCAUCGACCUCUGGGCCGUCGGCUGCAUCUUCGCCGAGCUGCUCGGCCGGCGCAUCCUCUUCCAGGGCUCCAGCCCCAUCCAGCAGCUGGACCUGAUCACAGACCUCCUCGGCACCCCCCCUCCCCACGCCCUGCGCUCGGCCUGCGAGGGGGCCCGGGCCCACGUGCUGCGGGGCGCCCACAAACUGCCCGCGCUGUCCGUGCUGCACUUGCUCUCGGGGGAGGCGACCCACGAGGCCGUUCACCUGCUCUGCCGCCUGCUGGUCUUCGACCCCACGCGGCGGAUCUCGGCGCGGGAGGCGCUGGCCCACCCGUACCUGCAGGAGGGGCGACUCCGCUACCACACGUCCAUGUGCCGCUGCUGCCACGGCCUGGGCUCGGGGCGCGUCUACACCAGCGAAUUCGAGCCCCCCGCGGCCCCCCGCUUCGAUGACGCCUACGAGCGGGGCCUGUGCUCCGUCUGGCAGGCCAAAGAUCUGGAGCCGCCCCCCUCUCUUGCAGAGCUGGUUCACGGCUUCAUCCUGGAGCAGCAGAAGGCGACGCGGGUCCCCCUGUGCAUCAACCCCAACUCGGCCGCCUUCAAAACCUUCAUCCGGUCGACGGCCUGGCAUUCGUCGAAAGGUUCCAAGAAGGACGAGAGAUGAAGGCGGCUGGAGGCGGAUUUGGGGUUCGGGGGUGGCCAGAUGGAAGGAGAAAGUGGGGGCUGGAGCCUGCCGGCCACAGCAGGACAGACCCUGAAUCGCCUGCUGAACUGGUGGGGAAAAGUCAAGGGUCCCGGACCUGAAAUCAAAGGGACCCCUCGAGUUCCCCCUGAACCUCCCUGCACCCCCAAAGCCCCUGAGUUUGCACUGGAAAAAUGAACCCCACUGCACCCCCAAAUUCCUUUGAGCCUGCACUGGAAAGGAGACUCCCCGUCUCUCCCCUCAGCAACCCCAAAUUCCCCUGUCUCUGCAAUGGAAAGAUGAGGGGCCCCCAAACCCACCCCACAGCCUCCCCAAACUCCUCGAGAUAUGCACUGUCAAUGCGCCCCCCCAAACCUGCCCCCCAUCCUAGUUUCCCCUGCGUCUGCUCAGGAAACAUGACCCUCCCCGGCCCCCAAAACUGCCCCCAAGCACCCCUGACCUUCUCUGAGUUUGCACUAGAAACAAACCUACCUUGAGCCCCAAAUCCCUCCCACGCCUCCCCCAAAUUUCCCUAAGGCUGCACUGAAACCAGGAUCCCCCCAAAACCAACCCUUCCCCCCUAAAUUCCCAAGUCUGCACUGUGAAUACAGCCCACCCCCAAGUCCCUUUAAUGCCCCCUGCCGCCACCCCAACUCCUCAGCCCUGCCCCCUCUCCUCCCCCCAAUGGCCCCUUGGGCCCCAUUUCAGCCCCCAACCACUGACCUCCCCCCAGGAGCCCCCCCUCCAGCCAGCACCCACUCCCACAGCGCCCCCCGCUGGGAGAGGCUGGGAAUUUGUAUUCGCUGCUCCCCAAAUCUACCUCGCCCCCAAAAUUUAGGGUUUUGGUGGCUCCGGGCUGCGGCUUUGUCCCGAUUUUCCCUGCUGGUUUUUCAUUGCAAAGGGGGCGACCGAAAACGCCCUGGAAACUUGAAACGCCCGGUGGGUUUUGUUAGUUUAAUCGAACCUGUGGGGACAUUCCAGCAUUAAACUCUGCUGGCACCUUC